CACUCACUGCAAACCGUCGACACUGACCGACCAGCAACUGCACCAUCAUCCACCUCCUCGCUUUUCGACCGUCACCUCGAAGUGCGAACGCGCAGUCCAACCGCAAUCAUGGCUGACACCGAAUACAAUGCCGAAGAGGCCGCUGAGCUCAAGAAGAGAAGAACAUUCCGAAAGUUUUCAUACAGAGGCAUUGAUCUCGAUCAACUGCUCGAUAUCCCAUCCAACGAACUCAUCAACAUCCUCCAUGCUCGCGCCCGCCGUCGAUUCAACCGAGGCCUCAAGCGCCGCCCGAUGGGUCUGAUCAAGAAACUGCGCAAGGCCAAGCAGAACGCGAAGCCCAACGAGAAGCCCGACCUCGUCAAGACACACCUUCGAGACAUGAUCAUUGUGCCAGAGAUGAUUGGCAGCGUCAUCGGCAUCUACAGCGGCAAGGAAUUCAACCAGGUCGAAAUCAAGCCUGAGAUGGUCGGUCACUAUCUCGGUGAAUUCUCCAUCUCAUACAAGCCCGUCAAGCACGGUAGACCCGGUAUUGGUGCCACCCACUCUUCGCGAUUUAUUCCAUUGAAGUAGAGGGAAGAAGAGACGAUCAGUGGAGUUGUUGUUGUAUGUAGCCAUCUUGCAAGGUUGCAGGCAGAGGAAAAGGCAUCAUAUGAUUGCAUGAUGCAUGAGAUUCGGGUUCAUGGGCGCUGUUCACGAGGCUAAAAUGCAAUGGACCUAGAAUGCGGCCAUGACUAUCUGCUGAGGACAGUCGGAAGCUGUAAAUCAAAAUCAAUAUUCAGGACGACGCCAUGCUGAGUGCGCACUUCCUGUGGUGCAAUUUGACCCUGACCUCAUCCAUUUACAACAAGGAAUAAGUCCAG